AUGGGAAAGAGUGUAUGUGCCCUCCAGCGGAUCUAAUCUUAACAAAUGCUAACAUUCGUCAGAAACACAGCAAAUCCGCCGCCAGCGAUGGAAAGAAGUCAGCCGCGCCCUUCCUCCAAAUCAGAACCUCGUUCUACCUACCUCUAUCGCCAUGCGCCUACAGGUACGCCCUUGAUGGUCUCUGCGCCGAACAUCUGUCUCCCCACGUGCUUCAAUACUAUCCGCCCCUCCAUGGCGUGUUACUCUCGUACACCAACCUGAGCUUGUCGCAACAACCACCUCGAGGAACCACGACCGACAGCAGCGAUGAGGACGAGAGCGUACUGUGCAAAAGCAUAAACGAGUACGGCGUGUCGUUCGUCUGGCUCACUGGUGAUUUCACAAUCUUCAGGCCGGAAAAAGGAACAACAUUAGAGGGAGAUGUGAACCUGCAAAGUGAGAGCGUUCUGGGCCUCAUGUGCUACAACUAUUUCAACGCCUCUGUCGACCGAGACUCAGUACCAGAAGAUUGGACAUGGGAUGGGGAGCACUGGCUGAGGAACGGCAAGAGUGUGAGCGGACGGGUCAGUUUCAAAGUCGUGGACUUCGAGCCAAGUGGUGACGGUGCGAUAUCGAUCACCGGCUCCUUGAAAGAAGUUUGA